ACUUGCAACCCUUUGACGGCAGAUUGAAUAUCCGGUAAUUGUAGUUUUUAUUUUUUUAUUAAUGUAGUCCUUAAAGAAGUAGUCAAAAAGAACAAGUUAUCCAGUUGAUAGUUAAAUAAAACGUGGCUAUCGGUAAUAGUACUAUUACAUAGGCUGUUUAAACAGGCUUCUACACGAUAUCGCUAUCUAAUGAGCCAACCGGUUGCAUUGCAGGCUGAUACAGGACCGCCUCGCUAAGCUAACGUUAGCUGGUUAGCUAAGCAUAGCCCACAGUCUAUGGCAUAGCCACAGCUUGUUGUUGCUUAGCGACCUGUAUCAAGCGGUAGCUAGAGCCAGCUAGCUAGCAUCGAGAGUACUGUUUGUUUGUUACUUUAGCUUAGCCACUCGUUAGGCUACUAUAAGAUACACAGAAGACCAACAGUUAACUGACCGAACAGCGAGUAACGGCGUUAACACAGCUAAGUUAUCAAGAUGAAAUUAACCCGUUUGAAUGUAAACGUUUUCAGUGCAAAGCUGGUUGUUAAGUUUGGAUAAAGCUAACUAGCUAGCUACCUGGAGCAAACAGCGUCUGGUGUUCACGUGUCGUCUUUAAUCAAACGAAAAUUGCAAACUGUAUGUUUGCAGUGCACGUUUUAUGUUUUGAAGUUGACAUUAAGUUAAAAAAAAAAAGAAAAAGAAAGGGGGGCAGAGCACGAAGAUCUUUGCCGUUUUCGUGACUGAAAAAAACAAGAGGCAUGCUGUUUUCAGAGUUUGCUCACCUUUCUUUGGUCUGAUAUGACACUGGAAGCUCGAGGACUUCUCCCUCAAGGAUACACUGAAGAUAAGAGCUUGUGACGGUCUCUCUCGUUGCAGUGGAUCUCCAGAUCUGCACCAAGGCCCUAAUAGACCCUGGGGCAAUUGCCAAAUUUGAACUUAUUUGUUUAUGACCUCACAUCUGAUGCAACAGAAACUACACUACUACUCGGGUUACACUCCUCCGUCAGAUGGCGUUUUGCCUGGCUGAGCUGCACUUGUGGUCCACCAAGAGCUCACUCCAAGUCAAAGAUACAGAUAUUGGCACCUAUCAGUACCAUGAUAAAGGAGAGCCAGGCAAUCCCCUGGAGCAUCACUACUAUAACGAGAAACUCCAUUUCUGUGAAGCUCGAGGCUAUUCGUGGACCCCCAGGAACCGCCGACCAGAGAAGCUACGUGAUUCGCUGAAGGAGUUGGAGGAAUUGUUGCAGACCAACACCUGCGUUCACAGCAGAUGGAGGAACAAACAUUGCUGCCAGGUGUUGCUGAGCAGUGGAGUACUGGUGACCCUGACUCUAAAUGGACCUCAGCUAGAACAAGUGUAUGUAGACUUCACAUUAGUGGGCCGAUUGCCAGCAAACACCGUGGCUGAUGCGGUGCUGAGCGAUAGGCUGAUUCUGCUGUCCUUCCUGGAGCAGAGCCAAGUGGCUGCAGUCUACCUCAACCAAAAGAACCAGGACUCUCCAGAGACUGGCAGGCGAACAGACAAACUCUCACCGUCUGAAAUCAAGGUGGUGUGUGUGGAGGUAAGUGGGCAGGCUCGUAAGCUCCACAGACGUGUUGUUCUCAACCGUCUCCAGGAUGUGGCGCUCUGCUGGUGGGACUUGGACGAGCACGGUGAGGUGCUGUGGCCCUGGACUCCUACAAACAUGCAAAGGAACAACCUGGUCCUGCUCAGCUGCUCACCUGCUGAAGGCCUCAAGGUCCUUGGCUCUCUCCAGACAGAAGGUAAUCCUCUGGACUGCCGAUUCAGCAUGUUCCAGCCCUACCAGCUGCUAACAGUAGAGCUACCUGCAGGACCCCAAGGAUUCAGAGAGGGGUCCUGGGCCGACAUCUGUGUGUACGAAUGCACACGAGGACGCCUGCACCGCCUGUCUGUCACCCGCAUCCCGCUACCCUCCCAUCCUGUCUCCUGCUCACGUCACCCUUCUGAGACCACAAUGCUCCUGGGUUUAAGUGACUCCUCCUUGGUUCUGUAUGACCAGCGACGGGGGGUCUCUCUACUGGCCUCCUGCCCUGUGCCACCCACCCUCCUCGCAUGGCACCCUGCUGGGGCUCUGGCUGUGGUUGGGGGAGAGCAGGGGGAGCUGAUGUGCUUUGAUGUAGGCUUGGCACCUGUAAGCGUGGCACUGGUUGCAGAGGAGGUAGCUUCAGCUGCCACGCUAAGACUAGCUCAGCACCUGCGCUGCUGUGGAGGACUGGAGGGACUUCAGUGGGCAACAGGCCUGGAAGGAGAUGUACUGAUGUUGGCCUUUCAUGGGGGACCACUAGCAGCAUUGAGAUUCAGACUAGGAGCUCUGACUAGAGGCCAGAUGGGUCCUGGGGAGCUGCUGCACCAGCGGCUGCGAUGUGGCCAGGUCAGAGAGUCGCUGGGCAUCCUGGAGGCCAUGGACUGGAGCAUUAUGGGGGAUGAGUGCUACCGAGGCCUGAGCUCAGUCACCAACCACCUGCUGAGGCUGGAGCUGAACGCAGAGAGAGAGGCCCAACUAGAAGCAGCGCUGGGUGUGUUUUAUGCCCCACCUGCUCCUCUCUCUGAUGUGGUGAUACUGGAGUACAGGGAGCCAAUCAGCAAGUGUGCCCGCCGCUUUUUUCACCACCUUCUCAGACACCAGCGCUUAGAGAAGGCCUUCCUCCUCGCCAUAGAUUUAGAAGCCAGAGAUUUAUUCAUGGACCUCCAUUAUGUUGCCAGCGAUAAGGGCGAGGUGGUGCUAGCGGAUGUGGCCAAGAGGAAAGUUAAUGAAAUCGAGGCCCAGAUCAUCGCAGGCAACGAAGAUCCUCUAAGAGGCAGAAAUGGCGUGUUGUGCGGUUCCAGUCUUGGGGGCCGACUGACAGAGAGGAACCAGAGUGCUACAGGACCUUCAUACCCAGACACUCUCACAAUACAUGCUGAUGGAAGAGCCAAUCAGAGGAGACCACAGGCAGCGAGCAUUCCUGUGACUGUGAGCCCAGAUGCGUUCAGGACACUGAGACAAACAGGAAGCAGUGAAGGUAACAGAGACAGCAGGAAUGAUGAUGAAGACCUCGGGACGCUUCAUGUGGUCCAUUUAGGAAUGGUUUGAAAGAACGAACUAAGAUACGAUAAGAGACACAACAACAUCUCACCAAUAACAGGCUCUCUUUGUCUAUAUUAUGUUUAUAUUCAAAGUAGUUACUUACCUGUAACAUUACCUGGAGAGGGACUCAAAUGCUUGUCAUUGUACAGAAAGGUAGAUGACUGUAUAGAUGUCUGAUAAAAGUGGAAUAAUACAUGUGUGUUAUACGUAAAUACAUUAAUUUUGCAUUACCACUUUUGUUAGUAGGUUGUACAUUUUAAAAUUGCGAAACCAAAAGCAUUUGUUUGU